AUGCACUCAAGGUGCGUCUUCACUCCCGCUCUCGGCCGCCGCAGCCUGCUGAUCGCCUCCGCAGACACACCGGCGCGACCAAUUGGUACCUCCCCCUCCCCACGCCAUGGCCGACACCCUGCUGACUUGGUGCAGAUCGAAUGGAUCAAGGGCCUUCUGGCCGUCCCGUUCGUGCUGCACUCGCAGCCGACGGCCGUGUUUGAGCCGCACCGCCAGAGCACCGAGCAGAUGGCCGCCAUCGCCCACCGCCGCUACGGCGAGAUCAUGCGCGACGUCGAGGAGCUAAUCAACGACCACAUCGCCCACCAGCGCGCCGGCACCGAGCAGAACUCAAAGCUCAAGUUGCUUGUGCCUGCCGUGUCCAAGUUCUUCACCCCCCUGGUUCUCCACGAUGCCUUCGUCUACCAGGACAAGCGCCGAUUCAUCAGCCACCGCCGCUUCGUCGCCCCUUCGUUCAACGACGUCCGCCUGAUCCUCAACACCGCCCAAGUCAUGUCUCUCGUGCGUGCCGGUCCCCUUGACCUGAUCACUUUCGACGGUGAUGUCACCCUCUACGACGACGGCCAGUCCCUGGUCCCUGAGAACUCUGUUAUUCCGCGCAUCAUGGGCUUGCUGCGGAAGGGCACCCGAAUCGGCAUCGUGACCGCUGCCGGUUACACCGAGGGUGCGCGCUACUACGAGCGUCUGCAUGGCCUGCUUGAUGCCAUCCGCGCCUCCGACAUGCCGACCGAGUACAAGCAGAACCUCAUUGUCAUGGGCGGUGAAAGCAGCUACCUGUUCAAGUACUCGGCCGAGGAGAAGCACCUCCUCCAGUGGGUCCCCCGAAAGGACUGGAUCCUCGAGGACAUGCGUUCGUGGACCGAGGAGGAUGUGUCGUUGCUGCUCGACGUAGCCGAGACGGCACUCCGAGAAUGCGUGAACAACAUGCGGCUGUCUGCAAUGGUCAUCCGGAAGGACCGCGCCGUCGGUAUUGUGCCCGCCAAUCCCGGCGCGAGGUUCGCAAGAGAGCAGCUGGAGGAAACUGUCCUGGUGACGCAGAAGAUCCUGGAGAUGUCCGAGGUUGGGAGACGGCUGCCGUUCUGUGCUUUCAACGGUGGGAACGACGUCUUCGUCGACAUUGGCGACAAGUCGUGGGGUGUGCUCUCCUGUCAGCGCUUCUUUGGUGGCAUCGAAGGGAGCAAAACGCUCCACGUCGGCGAUCAAUUCCUUUCCGCCGGCGCCAACGAUUUCAAGGCUCGCCUUGCCUGUACCACGGCUUGGAUCGCCAACCCCGCAGAGACAUGCGCUCUUCUGGACGAGAUUGCUGAACUCGACGAGAUGCAACAAAGGAAGCAGGUGUGA